AAUCCUAUUCCAACCCAAGCCAACCAUACAUCCCCAAAUCAAUUCGUCGCCUUACCUCCCUUUCGGUAAACCCUAAUUCUAGGGUUUCUCUUUCCCAGCAAAACAACCCAAAAAUCUCCAUUGUUGCAACUUCGCAGCACCAACAACAAGCAAUUUGGUUAUUGUUGAAGUCUCGAGGAGAGAGAAAAUGGGAGGAAAGUGCCCGCACAGAAGCGUCAGGAAGAGAAGAUACUCGCACAAAACUCAUCGACGUUCCAAAUUUGAAGUUAAAGGCGACGAUAUUGUCUACAAUGAUCUCCUGAAACCUGAUGAAAAUCGAAAGCCAUUGCCGCUUGAUGAAGAUUUACCUGGUAUGGGUCAGUAUUAUUGCCUUCAUUGUGAUCGUUACUUCUCCAAUGUUGCUGUUAGGGAUGAACACUUCAAGUCCAAACGUCAUAAGAAACGUGAUUCUAGUUACAAAAUCAUGCUGACCCCAAAAAAAGGGGAUGUUGUUUAUGGGCACAGCAGAUGUGGUAGUCUUCCGUGGCCUAAUGCUAUUACGCUCAACUGGAAGGGUGUUAGGAAAAAGCCUUACCUUUAGACUGGAGGAUGAAUUGCAGCUUUGGACAAACCUUUCUUGGGGCUGUCAGCAAGGAUGAUCAAUGGAAGAAAGAUAAACCAGUUCUGGAAAAAAAAAAUUAAGAAGCAAUCUCCUCCUAUCAUAAAUUGAUUGUUAGAUGCAGAAUUGCAGAUGAACUCCAUUGGUGAAAGUUAGUUUAUAUUGUUUUAAUAUCCAACGGUUAUAUAUUUCAUCUUAUUUUUCCUAGCUGUUACCCUGCUGGAUUGUGUAGAUGAUCCCCAGAUUUCGACUAUCUUGAGCAAUUGUGUUGCAAGUUCCUGAGUUCUCAAUUGUUUCCCUUUUUCCUUUUUUAUAUUGUGAUGCAAUUGUUCAAUAAUAGUCCAAAGACAGUUAAAAAAAGCCAUCAUAUAUUGUGAAUUGGAAAUAAAUUAUGUUUCAAUUUU